CAUUUGAUGACAGCAAACCCGACACAGACCUUGUACAAGUACUAUGACGCGAUGUUUCUAAAUCAGCGUUCUCACGUGACAAACUGUCUGACGCUCUCGAGUUUCCUUUUGCCCAUAUAUUGCUGCCCCGCGAGCGCGCAGAUUGAUUGACAGGCAGAAAGGCCGUCUCCAUUUACUUGAUCCAGCAACGACCAUUUCAGACGAGAGGACUUUAAUUUUGUAACGUGAUGACGCAGUUUCCGGUGACGCCACGGCGGUGCGGGCACGAUGGCGGCUGCAAGCGGCAGUGGUGAAGAUGCGUUUCAAAGCUUCUACACUGAGGUGAAGCAGAUUGAGAAGAGAGACUCAGUUUUAACCUCUAAACAGCAGAUUGACCGAUUACUGCGACCUGGAGCUUCAUACUUUAAUCUCAACCCGUUUGAGGUGCUUCAGAUCGACCCUGAAGUCACAGAUGAGGAGCUGAAGAAACGUUUCCGACAGUUGUCCAUCCUCGUGCAUCCAGAUAAGAAUCAGGAUGAUGUGGAUCGAGCUCAGCUGGCGUUUGAAGCGGUCGAUAAGGCCUAUAAGCUGCUGCUGGAGCCGGACCAGAAGAAGAAAGCGUUAGAUGUCAUUCAUGCUGGGAGAGAAUAUAUCGAGCACAUGAUGACUCAGAAGAAGAAACAGCUGAAGAAGGAUGGGAAGUCCACCGAUGUGGAGGAAGACAACCCGGAAGUGUUCAGACAGGCGGUUUAUAAACAGACCAUGAAACUCUUCGCUGAGCUGGAGAUCAAGAGGAAAGAGCGAGACGCUAAAGACAUGCAUGAACGGAAACGGCAGAGAGAAGAAGAGAUCGAGACGCACGAGAAAGCCAAACGAGAGCGAGAGUGGCAGAAGAACUUUGAGGAAACACGUGACGGCCGUGUGGACAGCUGGAGGAACUUCCAGGCCAAAGGAAAGAAGAAAGAGAAGAACCGAUCGUUCCUGAAACCCCCGAAAGUCAAGAUGGAGCAGCGAGAGUGAGACAGGAAGUGUGUUUCUCUCAUUAUGUACAUAUGAAUUGUGAUUCUUUGCAUUAGUCUUCAUGAAACAAACUUGGACAUGUUAUAAUGUGCUGUUGUUUUACUCCCGAUAGUCCUUUUGUUCCUCUGCAAAUAAAAGUUUGUAGGUAUUUUGUGUUGCUAGUUUUUAUAUGGUCAACAAUUAAACCUUGUUCAUGUCUGAUUUUAAGAGUUUUGUUGU